AUAAUAACAACAAAUAUUUACGUAUUUUGCUCAUUUUAAGCAUACACGGCGCAUUAAUUUAAAAAACGCAUCACGUUUGCUUUUUUUUUUCUUCAUCACUGAUUAUUACUCAAUGCAGCCUUUAUGAGAGCCAACAAACAUAUUAAAACAUCUCUUACUUUACAAGUUCUGCUGUCAUUAGGAUGCCGGCUGAUAGAAUCUUGUUAAACUGUAGUCCUGUUUAGAUGAAGAAUGACUCAUAUUCGUCGCGAAGAAAAGGGGGAUGGAACUAAGCGUCUUUUCGUGUCGCCAUUGUUGGAAUUGUCCUUUGUUGAAAAACAUCCUUGUCUUUCUACUAUCCAGGUGAGAGGCUUGAUUUAUGAUCUACAAUAACGAAGCUGGGAAAGAGCAGACCAUUCGAUGAUGUAAAAAUCGGCACACAAUCUUGUGAUCAUGUCACAGCUAUAAAUAGUUUGACUGCGUUAGCGUUUAUAAUAUCAAUAUUACUAAUACUUGGUUAAUAUUCAACAAUGGAGUAUUGUUGGCGGUUUUUCAAUGGUUAUUUAUCGAAUUCUAUGGGCAAAAUAGAGGAGCUCCCAUUCCAAUCAGCUAACUUUAUUUACGUUUAUUUACGAGUUAGAAUGCAUUAAAAAAAAGUCCAUCCGUCGUCACGUCUUUCAUUAUGAUUGUGCCUUAUUUUCAGCAGUAUUUUUUAUUUAUUCUUGAUUUCCAUGUUAUGUACUGUCUCACCAGAUUCACUUCCGUUGUCGUCACCUGGGCCCAACUUAGACUUAAAGUGGACUUAGAGUGUCUGUGGCUGAAGCUAGAUGUACUUGUUAUUUCCUAGUCAGCGCUCUUAUUUCAGUUCCACUUCCUGUCUGUCUCCCUGACGCUGAUUGGCAGCCUAGCCACACCUGGUCUCGGUAGAUAAUUCAUGCCUCCCUCACCCUCCAGUCAGGGCUCGAGGAUUGUUUAAUUCAUGUUUGCUUUGCUGCCCAUGCCGUGUAAUAAUGAAAAUACUUGUCUUACCUGCACGUUGUCUUGGGGUCACAAUUACAGCAGCCAUGCGCGUCCAUUUAAAGUAAUUCACUGUAAAAACGACUUGAUUUUACGAGAGAAAAAACGGGCAGGUCAGUCGCCAGAAUUUUACUGUAAAAAUAACAGUGAUAUUGUUUUUCAAUUUAUUUGGUGUAAACACUUUACAGUAAAAUUCUGCCAAUAGAGCUUUUUACCGUUAAAAUCUAUAUAUUAUAUUUACAUUGUAGGCAAGGCAAUUUGUAACUGUGACAAAAAUAAAAAGACCAAAAAUCCAAUGUCCACUGUAGAGGACCCUGGUUCUACUGCUGCGUUCCAUUCACCUUGGAAGUGGGAAGUCCGAGCCGGUAAUGACGUCACUGCCCAGUUGAGAGCGUUCCAGUUACAAAGUCGGAAAUCAAGAUCGCCACAUUCACUAAAGCUAUUUUUGCGUUUGUCUGAAUAUAAACAACUUAUAGUAAAAUAUGCACUCUUUCUGCAACUUUCAAACAAUCUGGAUGAAGAGAAAACACAGACUCUAUUGCUAGCAAUGUAGAACGUAUACAUCACAUGAAAUAAAUGUAGUUCAGUGAUGUUAUCAUGUAUAAACGUAAAACAAUGCAUAUGGCUGAUUUACUGCCACAAAAACUAAUCAGAAGUGCUACUAACGGAUAUUAUAGAAGCGGAUAUCAUUGUUUACAUCCAGAGCCGCCAUCUUUGAAACAAACUCGGGGGGUGGUCAGAAUGCUCCCACUUUCCGAUUAGGAACUCAAGAAUUCCGACUUCCCCGUACAAAUGGAUCACACCAUAAAAAAGACAACUGUAACAGGAAGAAGUCCGGUGACCCGAGUUUUCUAUAAAUGUUGCCCCCAAAACAAUACUGUAAAAAAUAAUAAUAGAAUCGACAUUGAAAAGCAUUCACAUGGCAAGAUUGAACCUUGGGUUUAAUUUGAGCAAAUAACUGAGUGUGUUUAUUGUCCGUGUCAGCAAACAAAGGAUGCAUUUGCUCCUGUGAGGCAGAAAGACAACAUUAUAACACUAUUGUGCUUCCAUAUGAGCCCCACGCACAGCUGCCUCCCCUUCUCCCGUCAGCAUUGUUGGCAUCUGCGGAGAAAUGUCCCAUUUUGUUUUACAGACAUUUAGCCAAAAAAGUCACCGCUUCGAGGGUUCAACGUUCUCAUUCAUUCACAUUGUGGAGCAGACAUUUUCUGGGUCAGCCCAGCAGGUGAUUGAUUAACUACAAGGUGGAUAAAUGGCUGCAUUAGCACAAAGGAAGACUCUUCUUCAAGACCACAUGGCUCCUUGUUUAUAGUGCAAAGGGUAUAUGCUACUAAAACCAUAUGGUCAUCAAGGAUGGGACCUGUAACAAUGGAAUCCAGUCAACUUUCGGGAUAAUAUCAAUGAAGAUUUGCUGCAAGGGCCUCAUUUAAUCACGUGUAUUAAUUCACGAUUCCUGAGGCUUCACGGUCUAAAUAAAGUUGGCUUUGUGCCUUUAAGAGCUCUGUGUGCAUGCCUCUCUCAGAGCCUCAUGUGUUGGCAUCAGCUGUCCUCACUGCUGAAUAAAGCAAGGACGCCGUUGACAUCAGAGGAGUUCGGUGAAGAAAUGGCCUUUUUCCUCCUUAGUUAUCUCAAAAUGACGGAAGACUGAGGAUCUCUCCAAAGAAAUAGACAUUAUCGCCUGGUUUCAGCAGUUUCGGACCCUUCUUGAACAUGACAGAACUACAGGAUCAGAUGAGGAGCACAUCUGUCAAUCCGAACAGCUCGAGGAGAGUGAGCCGCACAGAAGACCUCGGCCCCUGUCCCAUUCCCGGACUCGCCACAUCAGGCGUUCUCCACAUGAGAGUGAAAGAAGGAAGCAAGAUCCGCAAUUUGCUGCGCUUUGCCACGGCUCGCAUGCAAGGCGAAGGCAAAGACAGCCUCGGGACGUCGCCGAGACAGGUUGUCUUCACCGGCUCGGCCAGAGGGGUCACCAAGACCAUCACUUGUGCGGAGAUCUUCAAGCGUAAAGUGGGAGGACUCCACCAGGUGUCCAAGCUCUACUACAAGACAGUGAAUGAGGUUUGGGAAAACUCCCGACAUGGCGACGCAGGUGUGACCGUGCAGAGGACCGUCCCUGCCAUCUGUAUCCUGCUCUCCAAAGACCCUCUCAAUCCUCAGGAGCCUGGAUACCAACCUCCACAAACUCUUACCACAGAGGACAUGUGUGGGACAUGUGGCGUCAUGCACAACACGCCUCAUGGUCCACCCUCAGCCAAGAGACUCCGCAUGGAAGAAUGUGUAUGCUCCUUCACCUCCUAAACCAGGAAUAUUGUUUUGGGAGCCACAUUUCCAGAAAGCUAAAGACCGGGGGCCGGACUUCGCCCUUAACCAUUAGUUUUAUUUGGUAUAUCCCGCAUAGCAACGACUUCUACAGAAGAUAUUUGAUUUUGGUCUAUUUAUUGUGUCAGAGUUACAGGAGCGCUCUGCUGUUUUUAGGAAUCUUCUGCAAAAAUGUGGAUCUCUCGCCAGUUGAAUAGCUCAAAUUAGAACAUAAAAUGGACCCUUAAGGCAGUGAUUUUCAACCUUUUGUGAGCCAAGGCACAUUUUUUGCAUUGAAAAAAUCCUGAGGGACACCACCAGCAGAAAUCAUUAAAAAAAUUAAACUCAGUUGACAGUAAAAAUUCUUUGUCACAAUUGUUGGGUAUGACUUUAAACCAUAACCAAGCAUGCAUCAAUAUAACUCUUGUCUCAAAGUUGGUGUACUGUCACGCGAAGGAAAAGCUAAAAUACCACUUCCGGUUCUUUUUGUCAUCACACAGAUAACCAUGCAUUUUUGCAUUUAGGACAUACUUGCCAACCCUCCCGGUUUUACCGGGAGACUCCCGGUAUUCAGCGCCUCUCCUGAUAACCUCCCGGCAGAAAUUUUCUCCCGACAAACUCCCGGAAUUCAGCCGGAGCUGGAGGCCACGCCCCCUCCAGCUCAAUGCGGACCUGAGUGGGGACAGCCUGUUCUCACGUCCGCUUUCCCACAAUAUAAACAGCUUG